AUGGCAUUUGCCAUAAGUUUUCCUUGUGGUGGGAAUGUCAUUAAAAUAAUGAAGAAUAUUCCUAUUUGUGUGGAUUGCCUAGACUUCAUGGAAUUACCAUCAUAUCUAUUUCAGAAGAAGAUUGUUGUGAGAGAUUCGAUCCAGGAGAGUGGCAGAUCACCAAGUGGAAAUUGCAAGUAA